CAAGUUUUUGAACACAGCUUAAACCUUAUUUGUAUAUUGUAUUUACUCAGUAUGUAUCUUCUUCUUUUAUCUAAUAACAAGUUUUCAUAAUUGAAGUUUGAAUGUCAAAUUCUAAACAUUGUUUUGAACUGGCAAGAUAUCUGAUAUGACUGUAAAUAACUGGUACAUCCUGGUAACUUUGAGCUAUUUGGAGAGUAGUGAUUGACAAGAAUCUUGUAAAAUAUCAGACAUGUGCCUUUAAAGUAAAUUUUCCGUUACAUUCUUCAACUUCAUGAUUUCUUUUACUUAAGAUUAUAGAAGAACAUACAUGUAUAUAGCUUUGUAUGUGCAUGCAAUGUACAUGUAGAUGACAUGCUUUGUAAGGAAGGACUUCAUAUUUCUAUUAAAAUUGACAUGUGAUAAACUAAUCUUAAGAAUUAGUGUGUGGUGCGUUUUUCAGAAAAUGGCAGAAAUGGAAGAAGUUAUCCUGGCUAGAGAAAGUAAACUGGUACAGCUAAGUAAGGAAAACAACGACCUGUUAGAGACCAACAGUAUCUUACGCAACCAGAUACAGCAGCUGGAAGAAACGCGAGAACUUGAAUUGGAGGAUGUGAGCAAGGUUUCCACAGAGUUUGCCGGUAGAAUUGCAGAGUCUGAGAAAAAACUAAACAGUGUGAUACGGGAAAGAGAUACAGCAAGGAAAGACCUACAGAAAUCUUGUGAUGAUUUUGCUAAAAAAGUCCGAGGAUUCCAGUCAGAAAUAGAAGAGAAAGAUCAACAGAUAGCAGAACUAUUACAGGAAGGUGAAAAGUUAUCUAAACAGCAGCUACAAAGCAACAACAUUGUAAAGAAGUUACGAGUGAAGGAGAAGGAAAACGACUCACUGUUAACAAGUCAGAA